AUGGAUGACACUCGAGCACGCAUGAUGCUAUUAAUUGAAUUUGAGAGAAUCGAGGACCAAGUUUCGAUAACAAUUUUAUAUGUACACCCGUCGGGCGAAAAAGAACUGAUGCUCGAGGACCACGUGCCAUUUGAGAGAGAUUUUAUGAUCAGAGCUUUUCACAAGAGCAAGGAAGAAUUAUGUAAAAUCAGAGUAACGUAUUUAACGAUAGAUAAAACCGGCCAUGGAAAGCACAGUUAUAUGGUUUCGAUAGCUUCUUUGAGAGAAGACCCUACUUAUAGAGUAGCCGUACCAAUAGCCCGACACGGACCUCGCACGGCUCCACAUUCUGUGACCGUUACGUGGAGAAAUAGCCUGGCAGGAGAACUACUAGAAGAACUCCGCGAAGACGAAGAACAAGAAUAUCUAGAAGAAAUGCGUAUUCAAGAAGAAAUUCGUAUUCAAGAAGAAAUUCUAAGAGAAAUUCGUCGUCAAGCAGCAGGAGGAGGAGAAGAAGAAGAAGAAGAAGAAGUAGAAUUAAAUGCUUAA